GCACUUCGUUUCCGGGGAAAGUUGUCUUACUUCCGGUUAGAGGAAAGCAAUUUGAAGCGAUGCCCUUACGGACGGUCCUACUAGGAGGUACUCGGUUUUUGCUGGCACCCCGUCAAGGAAAUUCUUCUGGCCAGCAAUGUCUCAGGUGGUGGCGGCUCCUGCAGAAACGAACACAACACAGUGCAGUUUCAGAAGCAGCUUCACAUUCCAGAGUGGCAGUACCACCUGUACCCAAUGUUGUGACAGACCGGACAAUAGGACGUUGGCUCAUAAUCUGCAGUGGUACUGUGGCCGGAGCUGUGGUACUUGGUGGCAUAACCAGGUUGACAGAAUCUGGGCUUUCAAUGGUUGACUGGCACUUAGUGCGGGAGAUGAAGCCUCCUCAAACGCAGGUGGACUGGGAGGCAGAAUUCCUAAAAUAUCAGCAAUUUCCAGAGUUUAAAAUCCUGAACCAUGACAUGACACUGACAGAGUUCAAAUUCAUCUGGUACAUGGAGUACUCACAUCGAAUGUGGGGGCGACUGGUAGGGUUGGCUUACAUCCUUCCAGCAGCCUACUUCUGGAGAAAGGGCUACUUGAGCCAAUCCUUGAAAGGUCAUGUCCUUGCCCUGUGUGGGCUUGUCUGCUUUCAGGGUCUUUUGGGUUGGUAUAUGGUCAAAAGUGGAUUAGAGGAAAAGCCAAAUUCCCAUGAUAUCCCGCGGGUCAGUCAAUAUCGUUUAACUGCACAUCUGGGAUCUGCUCUUGUUCUUUACUGCUAUAGCUUAUGGACUGGGCUAUCCUUGUUGCUACCACAACAUAAGCUACCUAAAAUCCACCAACUAUUACGCCUGAGAAAAUUUGCUUAUGGGACAUCAGGACUCAUCUUUCUCACUGCCCUCUCAGGAGCAUUUGUGGCUGGACUAGAUGCUGGUCUUGUAUAUAAUUCCUUUCCAAAGAUGGGAGAACGCUGGAUACCUGAUGAUCUCCUUGCUUUUUCCCCAAUGGCAAAGAAUAUAUUUGAGAAUCCCACAACAGUGCAGUUUGAUCACAGAAUCCUGGGCAUUUCCUCAGUUGCAGCCAUCACAAUUCUCUAUCUACUUUCCAGGAAGAUCUCCCUCCCACGUAGAACUAGAAUGGCAUUUGCUUCCUUAUUGACUGUAGCAUAUCUUCAGGUCACCCUGGGUAUCAGCACAUUACUUCUGUAUGUCCCAACUCCUUUAGCAGCUACUCAUCAAUCAGGUUCUUUGAUGUUGCUCAGUAUGGCUGUGUGGCUAAUUCAUGAACUCAGGGGGAUUCCUAAAUAGCUCAAGCAUUGAAUGUUCAGAAUUCACAUCUUUACAAUAUGAGCAAUGUGAUCUUCUACCUGAAGACUGAAUUGAAGAAGAGGACUGUAUAGAAUGCUGUCUUGGCUUCAUUGAUGUGGAGAAUACUGCUUCAAAACAUGAAUACAAACCAUUAUCUGUUUUGCUGGCCUUUUUCAUGUUAUAAAAUGAUUGAAAUUAUAUCUGUGGAAAAAAUUAAGGAUUGUUUUGGCUAUUCCUCAUGUCCUGCAAUACAGUUCAUUGAAGAUAUAACCACAGACUUCCGGUGGUGACAUCAGAGCGGAAUGGGUGAGGGUGUGAUCUACAGCUUCCGAAAGCCUAAUUAAUUCCUGAAAAGGAGCCCUUUAAAAUUUAACCUUAAAGAAUGGUUUGAAUAGGUGUUGGAAGAAUUAAAGAGGAGGAUAUACUCUGAUUAUUUGAUAUUUUAUAAUAAGCAUAGUGAAAAGAUUACAAUAUUUAAUUAAUUAAUUUGAUCUUAGGCUGAGGGAAAAAGGGGGGAGGGGACGACUGUUAAAGAGAAAUUGAAUGGUAAAAUUUGAUUUGGGUGGUGGUAAAUAAGUUAAGGAAUUGAUAUAUAAGAAUUAUAGAAUAUUGAUAUAAGAAAUUGUAGUUAUAAAUUCAGAGCAAAGUACAUAUAUAGAUUUACAUAGAUAUAGAUAUAUGUUUAACUGAGAUAUAGGAUUUGAAUAUUACUAGUAGUCUAAAGUAAAUAAGGGUGAUAAUACUUAAGUGUGUAAGAAAUUAAAUAAUUAAAUUAGAAAGUAGUAAAUAUAGAAGAACGUCUCAAAUUAAAUAGAUUAUACUUUUAUGAUAUUGUGGAAGAACUUUACAAGAAAUUUAACAAUGGCAACCUCAACAAUAGUAAUGACAACUGGAAAAAAGCCUAUUUCUAAUCCAACACCUACGGCUUCUCGUACAAUUCAAUGGUCAAUCGAAAAUACGUUAAGGAAGGAGAAAGAUAAAACAGAGCCAACAAUGCAUAGUAUGCAAAAUAUGCUCCAACUAAUUCAAGAGACACUGAUGAAGUCGCAAGAAAGAAUGGCAGAUAAUCAAGGAGAGGCUAGAAAACACCACCAAGAAAUUAAAAAUGAGAUAGGAAAAGUGAAGGAAGAUUUAAAAAACAUGAAGGAAAAGAUGGAAAAUAUACAACAAACAACUGUAGAAAAUGAGCAAAAAGUCAAAAAAAUAGAAACCAAGGUAGACCAAUUAGACUUCAAGUCAGAAGUGGCGGAGCAGAAAGUAUUACAAUCAAACAAAGAAUUAACAGAUUCAAUUAUCUUCCUGGAAAUGGAGAAAGCCUCAUACUUCCUGCGCUUCCAGAAUGUCGUGGAGGAGAAAGAGGAAGAUCGGGGGCGGAGGGGGGGAAUGGUCAAAAUAACAGAAUUAAUACAGAGAGACAAGUCGGAAAUAAAAGAUACUAUAGAUGAAAUUUACCAAGUACAUAAUAACUACAUAAGAAGACACCGCUUAGCAUAAUAAGAGAUGAAAUCUAUAAAAAGUCAAGAGAAGAGACUGUAACAUACAAAGGGAAAGAGAUUAUAAUUUUAAAACAAAUUCCACGUAGAAUUUGAGAGCACAGGCAACAGUAUCAGUUCUUAACAUCACACUUUAUAAAAUACAAAAUAAUGUUCAGAUGGAUAAUCCCCGAAGGUAUUCUCAUUACAUGGCAGGAUAAGAAGUUUAAAGUGGACUCGAUAGAAAAAGCUCAAGAAUUCUAUAAAAAUUACCUGGAAGAGGAACAAGAAAGCAAAGACGAAUCAGAAAGUAAAAGUCAAGAAGAAGACCGAGACAAAAAGAGAGAGAACUAAGGAAAACUCAAGAAAAAGAAAGAGAAAAUAUUGUGAGAACACAAAUAUUCACAAAAUUUAAAAAACUAAAUAUAGAUGUAAUUUGCCUGCAAGAGGUUCAUAUUAAAAAAGGAUUCCAAAAACUAUUAGAAAACAAGAAAUUAGAAAGAUUACAUGUAUCUCUAGCACAACAGAAAAAAAGAGGAAUUGCAGUAUAUGUAAAAGAAAAAAAAUAAAUUCAGAAUUAGUGUAUGCAGAUGACAAAAUUAGAUAUGGAACAUAAACAAAUUUUAUUAGUAGUAGUAUAUGCUCCAAACAAAAAUCAACAGGAAUAUUACAAAAAAUUGCAUAAUAGAAUAAUAGAACAAGAAAUUGAAAAUGUAUGCAUAAUAGGAGAUUAUAAUGCCAUAGUUGACAGUAAAGGAGAUUACUAUAGUAAUAAGAAAAAUAAAAAAGAAGGAAAUAUUACCUAAAGAAUUCUUUAAUAUGGUAUCAGAAUUAAGUUUAAGAGACAAAUGGAGAAAAAUCUAUAAAGAAGAAAAGCAAUAUAUGUAUUAUUCCCACCCACAUUAAUUUUGGUCCAGGAUUGACAUGGCAUGGAUGACAAUACAACUACAAUCAGAAUUAGAAAAAAUAUAUAUAGGAAUAAAUGAAUGGGCCAACCACCCGAUAAUUAUCCAUUGGAAAGGACAAAAAAGGUACAAAAGAUGGACUUUAAACCAAAAUAUAUAAAGAGAAAGAAUAUAAGCAAUUCCUCGAAAAAUAGUUAGAGAUUUUUCUAAGUGUAAAUAACGAAGAAGAUACGUCAUUUUAAAACCUUUGGGAUACAUUAAAAGCAUAUAUUAGAGAGGUGAUGAUCGCAUAUAUGGCAAAGAAAAGGAAAGAGAAAAGGUCCCAGCAAAACAAACUACAAGAAUAGCUUAAAAAAUCAGGACGACCUACAGAAAGAACCCCAAAAUAAAAGAGCAAAAGAGGAAAGUAGAAUAAUUAAACAUAACUUAAACCUGAUAACCCAAGAAGUGGCAUUGAAAAUAAAGAUGGCGAAACAAAAUUAUUUUGAGCAUGCAAACAAGGUGAGCACAUGGUUAGCUUAUAAAUUAAAAAAGGAAAAGGAUAAAAGAACGAUACAAUGUUUGAAAGAUGAGGAAGGGAAAAUCCAAUAUAAAAGAGAAGAUAAGAAAUGAAUAAUACAUACUUUCUUCUCCAAACUAUAUACACAGGAAGAAACGAUAGAAGCAGAAAUUAAAAAUUAUUUAGAGGAAACAAAUGUAUAUAAAUUUACGGAGGAAUAGAAUGAAGUAUUGAAUCAACCAAUCUCAGAAACAGACUUUGGAAUUGCAAUAAAAAGGCAAAAAAAUAAUAAAACGCCAGGACCAGAUGGAAUACCAGUUGAAUUAUAUAGGAAUAUACAAAAACAGACAGGAGGAUUAAUGCUGGAAAUAUUCAAUGAAGCACUACAGCAAGCAAACAUGCCCCAAACACGGACAGAAGCCUUAAUCACACUUAUACACAAGGAAGGUUCAGACCAGCAAUUAGUACAAAAUUACAGGCCUAUCUCUACUAAAUUCUGAUUAUAAAAUAUAUAUGUCAAUUAUUGCUGAAAGGUUAAAAAUAAUCUUAGACAAAUAUAUACAUCCGGAUCAAAAUGGUUUUCUGCCUGGACAACCAAUUAAAAACAAUACACGGACUAUAAUAGACAUAUUGGAGUAUUAUGAAGUACACCCAGAGAAACAAGUUUCACUGGUUUUCCUUGAUGCCCAAAAAGCUUUUAAUAAUUUGAACUGGAGAUUCAUGAUACAACAAAUUAAAAAAAUGGAAUUCGGAUCAAAAUUUGAAAAAAUGAUUGAAGAUAUAACCACAAAUAAUUUCAGUAGUACCUAUCCUUAAAUCCUAUAUAUAAAAAUGGCAUGAUGUAGAAUAGGAUUAUGGAAUGAGUGGCCUUGGAAAUUUGGAAGUAUUUGUAUUCUAUGAAGGAUAGGAAAAUGCAGUUUAUAUUCUAAAUUGUAUGCAACUAUGUGCUUUCAUAUUUCUUUUAGUGGAAUUAUCUUCAUUUUUAAAUAUUAACAUAUUGUGUAUUAUGAGUUCUAAAUAAACAUGAUAAACAUUUUUUCA